CUGACUAACAGAAACAUGUCGGAAACACUGCUGAACAACAAAAAACAAGUUCCAAGGCAGCUGCGAGAACGCAAGCAGCGCAAACUAUAUUCUGAUGAAUGGGCUCUUGGGGACGAUGAAGCAGAGGGAGGCCGUGGGUUCUCUCUGGCUGACAAGCUGGAGAGUGCCCGCUUUGAACACUCUGGCUCCAUACUAGAAAUGCAUGGAGCUGAUCUCACUGUUUCUUACCUGCAAAAAAAUGGAUUUACUACACCAUUGCUAUUCAAAGACAAGAUUGGAUUGGGGUUGAGGGUGCCGACGAGCAACUUCACCGUGAACGAUGUGCGCAUGUGCGUUGGUUCGCGCCGGGUGCUAGAUGUUAUGGACGUUAACACACAGAAGAAUAUUGAAAUGACUAUGAAGGACUGGCAGCGCUACUACGAUGACGCAAACAAAGAGCGGCUCCUGAACGUGAUAUCGCUGGAGUUCUCCCACACUCGUCUCGAGAACUACGUCCAGGCGCCGCGUAUCGUGCGCCUGAUCGACUGGGUGGACACUGUGUGGCCUAGACACUUGAAGGAUCAACAGACGGAGUCCACAAACGCUCUUGACGAGAUGAUGUAUCCGAAAGUGCAGAAAUACUGUCUCAUGUCCGUCAAGGGCUGCUACACAGACUUCCACAUUGACUUUGGUGGUACUUCUGUUUGGUAUCACAUUUUAAGAGGUGCAAAAGUAUUCUGGUUAAUUCCUCCAACUGAGAAGAACCUGCAGUUGUACGAGAAGUGGGUGCUUUCCGGCAAGCAGUCUGAUGUGUUCUUCGGCGACACUGUUGAGAAAUGCAUUCGAGUGCAUCUUCAAGCCAGCCAUACCUUCUUCAUACCAACGGGAUGGAUUCACGCUGUGUACACUCCGAGCGACUCUCUCGUUUUUGGAGGCAACUUCUUACACCAAUUUGGCAUUGAGAAACAACUGAAAAUAGCACAAGUUGAAGAUGUUACCAAGGUGCCUCAGAAGUUCCGGUACCCGUUCUUUACGGAGAUGCUGUGGUACGUACUCGACCGGUACGUCUCAGCGCUGCUGGGCCGCAGCCAUCUCGCACCCGAGGGUCAGACCACGCCGCCUAUACCGCCUAAGGAUCAUAUACAUCUCACCCAGAUCGAGCUGCAUGGACUUAAGGCCAUCGUGAUGUACUUACACCAGCUGCCAGCCGCGCGUAAGUCAGUCCCAGAGCUGUUGACUGACCCGAUCGCGUUGGUACGUGAUGUUCGCACUGUGGUGGAGCAGCACCGCCAUGAUAAGCAACACCAGGCUAUCACGGGUGUGCCUGUGCUUAAAGGGCCGGACGACGUGAUGGCGGCAGAACGACGCCACUCGAGCGGACGUGGUGGUCGUGGAGGUGCACAACGUGGCGGGCCUCCCAGACCGAGACCGGAGCACGCUAAUAACGCACCUCGGCGACGACGCACUAGGUGCAAGAAAUGCGAAGCGUGCCAGCGCACAGACUGCGGCGACUGCGUGUUCUGCCAAGACAUGGUCAAGUUUGGCGGACUGGGGCGCGCCAAGCAGACCUGUGUUAUGCGACAGUGCCUGCAGCCCAUGCUACCUGUUACCGCGUCUUGUGCUGUAUGCCACCUGGAUGGUUGGUUGCAAACUCCUGUCGCGCCACAAGCCAAAGGAAAUUCUGGUCGUAACGGGCCGUCGUCAUUGCGCGAGUGUUCGGUGUGCUACAGCAUCGUGCACCCGCAGUGCGUACCGCCAGGAGGACAGGUCAACGAGGACCUGCCCAACUCCUGGGAGUGUCCCACUUGCACCACCAUGGGGCUCAACCACGACUACAAGCCUCGCCAUUUCCGCGCGCGUCAGAAGUCGUCAGACCUUCGCCGCAUCAGCGUCGGCUCCGACGCCAGUCAGCUCAGCCAAAAUCACAAUUUACAGAACAGACUUCCGCCGCCGGUACCGACGACAACGGUCAAGUCUGAACCAGGCUCAGACAAUGAGAGCAAAAAUGAUCUACUCCUCAAAAAAGAUAAUGAUGUGAAAGAGGAGGUUGGUGAAGCUGGUGUGGCUGAGCGAGGUGAAGGCGAGUGGGAACCCGCCGUGAAGAAGCGCCGCGCCUCAGACGAGGAUGAGGCGCCUAAAAAACAGGCGCUCAGGGCACACUUGGCCUUGCAGCUUACACACCACUCCGCCAAACAACUGAAGAAACCGCUAUACCCAAUCCGGCCAGCCUUACCACCAACAGGGGCCGGCAUCAACACACAGGGCUCCCCGUGGUUGGAUCGCGACGCCAUGUUGUGCGUCUUUGCCAAACUCACGCCACAUGAAUUGGCCGUUUGUGCACUCGUUUGCAAGGCUUGGGCUGAGUAUUCCAUGGACCCAUCUUUGUGGCGCAGUAUGUCUUUCGUGCAAGUGCGCGUCUCCGCUGCGCAGCUGGCGGGUAUUGCUCGUCGUCAGCCGCUGUCGCUCGGCCUUGAGUGGUGUCACCUCGCACGCCGCCAACUAGCUUGGCUCCUAGCACGCCUACCAGCACUCCACUCUCUCUCCCUAGCCGGCUCCCCAGCCGAGGCAGCUCUCGCUCUUCGUUCGUCCACAUGUCCGCCUCUCACCUCUCUGGACCUCUCGUUUGCACGUUGCCUUGACGACGCGAAACUGCGAGGCGUCUUGGCCCCGCCUGAAAACUCCCGGCCUGGCGGCGGAGCGAGGACUGGCGCCGAACCGUCGCGACUUGCUGCCUUAAGUGUGUUGAGGCUACCCGGCACCGACAUAACUGACGUCGCAAUGAGAUAUGUUGUUCAAGCACUACCAAAGCUCGUGGAGUUGGACGCAUCAUCCUGCGCUCGUCUGACAGACGCGGGCGCAGCGCAACUGGCGCACCACGGACUGCAACGGCUGUCGCUGGCCGGAUGCCGGCUGCUCACUGAAGGUGCCCUCGAUCAUCUCGCCAGAUGCCCUAACCUAGUCAGGCUGGACCUACGACAUGUCCCUCUGGUCUCCACACAGGCGGUGAUCAAAUUUGCAGCAAAGUCCAAACACAACCUCCACGUCAAGGACGUUAAACUGGUCGAGCUGCGGAAGACCUGAUCCGAGGAAACUCCGCGCAAGGAACCCGAAGCUAUACAGUAACUUUGAGUGAUAUUACAGUGAUUCCUAACUAAUAGUGAGUGUAUCCCUUUCAGUGUGAAAGAUUAGCUUGAAUGAUUUUUCAUGAAGCGCGAAAAGGACGCCUGUAGGUUUCAUAUUUCGUGAAGGGUGGUUGAAUUAAGUAUUACGCGUGACAGUGUUGAUGGCAUAGGGAAAUUAUUUUUGUAUUGAAAACUGAAGCACCAAAAAAGCUAGCUUAGCUGACUCUAGUCUAAAUGUUAGAUAGUGAAAUGUUUUUCUAAUUCUUUAAACUGUAUUGUUAAAAUUAAAAGAUGGUAAUUAAUUGGGGUUUGACGGAAUUUGAAAUAACUAAUUUCUUUUAUAAUAAGGACACGGAAGUUAAAAGCUGCGUUAUUAACUCUAUUUUGAUUGAGUAUUUUUUUAAAUAGCCUUUUGUUUAUACUUGCAAUUAAUUAAAUUUCGAUAUGCACAUAAAUAAUAUGGACACAGCAUCAUAUGAUAAUGUUGACUACAACAUAUCGUACCGACAUCAUGAAUCAAUAUGAAUCUUCUUUGUAGAAAAAU